GCGCCUCUUCCCUCCCGAAUUCGCUGCCUCCGCCGCUGGGGCUAGAUGUCCUUCAAGGUUUGGAAUUCCUGGUUAUGCAGCAAGAUGAAACUUGCUUUCUAUUAUGUGGAAGAAAAAGUCAGCUCCCCAGCCUGUGGCACUUUAGUACCCUUCAGCUCUCAAGUCCAGUUGUGCUGUGACUGUGUACUUGAACAAGAUACUGAUUGGGUUGAUGUUGCCAAUGAUCUUUUAAGGAGCUGUCACAUAAACCAGCACAUAAAGUAUCUCUCUGAAUGUGGUGCUGAUGUGUUUGUUUGUCUUUAUGAGUCGAUCUUAGGAGAAAAAGUACCAGAUUUCAUAGCUACUCCUAGAAGCCAAGAGGAUGAUGCACAUAAUGUACAAGCGGUAAUAGAUUCCCUGGCAUUGGACUAUUUGCAGGUCAGCUUGUCGCACAUCACUGGUGAGAACAUCGUGAAAGGAGAAAGGGAAUCUAUCAGAAACCUCCUUGAAAUAUUUGAUGGUUUGUUAGAGUAUCUUACAGAAGAAGCCAGUGAAUCUUCUUCUCAGAAUGGAGAUGAGGCAAAUGUGCUAUCCAAUAAUGAAAUUCAAAUUACAUCUCAAGAGCAGCUGGAAAGCAAUGCUGGUCAACUUACACAACCUUCAAUGUCCUCAUCAGUUGAAGGGUCCCAGUCAGAAUUUUUUGUUCCAUCUGGUGACGUAGAUGGAUCAGAAUCCACCAGUGAAUUAAUUAGACUUGGAGAUACUGCUCAUUCAUUUUCCAAGAGAGAGGAAGAAUACCAGUUGCCUGAGUUGCUACCAGCAGAAAAGGACAAGGGAGUGGAAGACUCUAAAAACUCAGAGUCAACAUUACCUAGAGAGUUCUCUGAAACUGAAAGGGCCAUUGUAAAGGAAAAGAAAGAUGGAUCAAUGGAGUCUGUUCAUACCACUGAACCUCAAAAAGAGAGUUUGAGUGCCAGUGCUAGAAAACUUGGGGAGCCUAUACAGCAAGCUAUUCCUUUGCUACCACCAUUUCAACCUUUGGAAGCCAGACCUCAUUAUCCUGGAUGGAGAGAUUAUUACAGCUCAGACAGCCAGUCAGCAGCUUUGGCUAACAGUCAAGGAAUGAAAAUUCCUACUCUUGAAAAGUCACUUACACAAAAAACUGAAGAUGUUUCUGAUAGUCUUCCUCUAUCAAGGAAAAUCCCUGUGGGAGACAAGGUGGUAUCAAAUGAUGCUGAGGACAACGUGGCAAAGGUUCCUUGGGUAUAUGGGACUUCUACAUCUGCUUCCUCUUUACAUCAAAAACUCUCACUACAUGCUGAACAAGUAACAUGGACUCCAAGACCUGAAUCUAGAUAUUUGCCUAGAAAGAAAAGAUAUGAAAAUUCCACCCCUGAUUCACUUGAAGAGUCUCUUUCCCCCAGAACAACAAAGCAAAAGCUAUCUGAGCAAGACCUUCAUAAAGUGUCAGAAAAACUCUCUCACAGGUUAAAUGAACUAGAUUCAAUGUUAAAGAGAGCUUUGGGUGGGCACACUGGAGAAGAAGAGUUGACAGAUGAAGACAACCUGUCUCAGCACAGUGACAGUGUCAUGGAUUAUCACCGAAGGAAAGCUGAACGAGACAUACCACAUCUAAGGUACCCAAGCAGGCCACGAUCCCUUUCUCCACCCUCACCCUCAUCUCAACAUCAACUCUUUUCUGAGUUGGAAGAUAAACUUUGCAGUAAUGGAACAGGCCAAAUAAGAAAAUUACACAGCCAGCUGCAAAAAGAAAGGGAUGAAAGAACAAAAAAAGCAAAGAUGGUUGCUAAAGCUUAUGAAGAUGAACUAAGAAUUUAUGAAGCUAGGGAAAGGCUCAGACUUUCCAAGCUCAGAGAAGUCAUCAAGGAAAUGGAACAAGAAUACAAAGAAAACAUCUUUAAAGAACCUCCAAAAAUGCCUCAGCCAGUGAAAGUUUAUUCUAGAAAAACCACACCUCGGAAUCCCAAAUACAGCCAGUGGAUUCCAAAACGAGGGACUGCGAAGCCAAAGAAAGCAGCUCCAAUGAAAGUAAGAGAUGAUGACCUCCUAUUUCAGCUACUGGAAGAGUUUCCCCACCUACAUAUUUCCCACCAUACUAUGAAUAAAAUGUGGCAGCAGCAGCUUGCACAUACUGAACAACUUAAGGCAGCUUCUGGCAGAACUAGACCAAAACUCCAAAAUGAAGUUCAACAAGCUCUGAAGAAGCAUGAGCUUCUUGUUGCGAUUAUUAAAAAAGAUCAAGACCAUAACAAGAGACUGCAAGAAUUUAAGCAACGUAUCUGCCGACAGAAAUGGGCUCAGAAUAAAGUGAGAGAGAAACGCCAGCAAGUUGCUCGAGCCAGGAAAUAUUAUGAAGAUUACCGGAUUCAGCUGCGUGCCAAGAUGAUGCGGGCUAGGACACGGGAAGAAAGGAUAUUUAAAAAAUUAUUUGAAGAAGGCUUAGAAAUUCAGAAGCAAAGACUGAAGGACCUGAGAGCAUAUGCUCAAGAGAAGCAUGCUGAGCAAAGGAGAGUGCAUCAAAAUGAGUUGGAGUCUAUGGAGAACUAUUACAAAGAUCAGUUUUCCAUGCUAGCAGAAGCUUUAUCUCAAGAACGCCAAGAAAUCCAAACCAGAGAGAAAGCACAAACACAAAUGCUACAGAAAACAAAAAGAGAAUUAAGAUCAAGGAUGGAAAAGGAAAUACAGCAACUGCAAGCAGCAAUAAUGCAAAGUGAUGAUGACACCUUUUUUCAAGAACUAGAAGCAGACAGACUGAAAUCUAGACUUCAGAUGGCUUCCUUUCAGUAUAGCAAAAGCCAUUUCUUGUAAGACUUAUGAUAACAAUCAUUGCAGUUCUCUCUGGCUAAGAUGAUGAGAAUCUUUGAGAGCUGCUGUAUCAGGAAGAUGGUGUGUGGCUGUUUUUCUCUAAAAUACCUGGUCUGUUGUUUUGACAUGUCAGAGGUGUAGCUGCUGGGAUCUGGGAUCUCCACAGCACUUUUAUGAUCACCAAUAAAGUGUUUGAACUACUUUCUCUGUUCUUAGCAAAGCUGAGAUAAUGUUGAGCUCCAUGCAAAGGAAGUGGGAUGAAGUCAGUGUGCUUUAGUGAAGUUAGUGUAGUGAACAGUUGAAUGCUAAGCCUCCUCUACACCUGUGCUAGUUCUGUUGCUGGAGUUGAAAAGCCACACUAACACCAUUAGCCAGAAAUUACUGGAUUGGAAAGCUCACAAAGAACAAAAAGAUCUUUAAAAGAACAUCAGUGGUUCAAGUUUCCUGUGAAAGGACAAGUUUGAGAAUGCCUGCAAUAAACCUGACAUAAAAAUCAGUAAUUUAAAUAUACUUAAGGGAGUGCUAUGUAUGCAUACUAUGUUUACAGUUUUGGUGUUGCUGACAUGUUAAAUGGCAAAGCAUAUGAAGUACUACUUCCUAUGCUACAAAUGUAUUGGAAAAAGUAGUCUGAAAUAGAAAACAACAUUCUUCUAAAGCAGUAAAAUACAGGCUUCUGCAAGAACUGAAACCUGGGAAGGACCUCUGGACAGCAUUGCUAACUAUUUUCAAGAGGGGUAUACUAAUUGGUGUAUGGUCUGUAGGUUGCUGUAGGUAUUGUAAUUGUUGGAUUUCACACGGGGUUUUCAAAACUACAUAAAGACCACAGGUAAACAAGCAAAGGUUUGUUUCAAUUGAUCUGUUUCAAAAGGGAGUCACAGCAAUGCUAUAUACAAAUGGACAGGCAAUAAAAACCAUGUUUGCUCUUAGAAGCAGAUUAUUUGGACAAAAGUUUUGCAAGGGUACUUACAGUUAGUACCCUGUUUAGGUUUAUUUAGGGAAAAGCAGAUUAGUUCCAGUUCUGUCAGUGUGAAGCUAGAGUAAGUAAUGAUUAAAAAUUCCAGUCAGCUUUACUUUACUUCAGGUUGUAAGGUCUGCUUCUAGGCAGAGUAGGAGCUGACAGUAGGUACUACACCUAUCUUUGUAGAAUCAUCAUGUGCUAUAAAGACUAUGUUGUUUAGUAGAAAAUUCACAUUUCAGCAGCCCUGCAUUACGGGCCCUAUGAGAUGCAAACACAGAGGAAUGAAUACUUCAACUGAGAACAGACUACACAAAAUGAAGCUGAUAAUUAGUGAAGCCCAUUACUGAUAUAUUCCCCUCUGUUUGACAAAAUUGCAAUUUUUAAAUAGUUUAUCUUGGUAAUGAGGAUGAACUAAAGUGUAAUUUUAAACAGGCUCUACUAGAAGAGUUCUUGCUUAAAAUUGCAUGUGUGAGAAGUGAUAUAAAAAUACUGGAAUUAAUUGCAUUGUAUAUACAAUAUUUAAAACUUACCAUGAGAUGGUGUCAAUUCUAUAAGAGAGAACACACUCAAUGAAUUUGGACUCAUGCAUUGGGAAGAAAAAGAAAAAAGAACAAAGCAGGAAAAAAAGCCCCCAGCAGCUGCUUUAAACAAAA